AUGGUAGAUCCACUUCUUAAAGGGGAAUUUCCCGUGACGAGCUUAAAUCAAGCCGUGGGAGUUGCAGCCAUGUGUCUUCAGGAUGAACCAUUGGUCCGUCCUUUGAUCAGUGAUGUUGUGGCUGCUCUUAGUUUACUUGCAGUGGCUCCACCUGAUACACCGGUUCCUGCACUCCUCGUUCCUCUCUUGUCAUCCCGGGUGGAUACGUUGAGUCACCAUAGAGAUCAUCCGCAUUACAAGGAUGGCGACAUUUCUGCUCCUGAAAAGGAAGACAGUUCAGAUAGUGAUGAUGAUGAGAAGAAGAAAGACAAAGGCAAUAAGUCUCAACGUAAAAAGAAAAUGAAAAAACAGGACUUGAGCUCGAGUAGCUCCAGCUCCAGCAGCGUCGGAUCUCGAAGUCAUAGUCAGUGCUUUAGCCUGAGGCACGACAAUAUUCACGAACCUGAUGACUAUGCUGAUGGUUCAAACAGUGACCACGCAUCCUCGAGACACGAGUUGCACGAGGAUGUGCAUGAUGUGUGA